AUGACAGCCGAUUCAGAAGCCCAAGGGACCCUUGAGGUCCACCUGAAGCCGCGACUGUCGCGCCUAACAAUGGUAGCCAUGACUUUUGCCAUUCUAAACACAUGGAUCGCCCUCGCCGGAUCAAUCGGUCUCGUUCUCCCAUCCGGUGGUCCGGUCUCAUUCUUGUAUGGCUUCAUAUUCUGUGUAAUUUGCAACUUUGCUUUAGCGGCGAGUUUGGGUGAGCUUGCUGCUAUUUGGCCGACGGCUGGAGGACAGUAUCAUUUUGUAUAUGCUUUGGCGCCGGAGAAGUGGAGGAAGAUUCUGAGCUUUUGGGUUGGAUGGACUAAUAUCGCGGGAUGGUUGACAUUGGUUACUACGGAGGGCUUUUUUGCCUGUCAGUAUACCAUUGAUAUGCGUGUCUAUUCGUACCGGUCAGAGGCACAUACUGACUUCAAGAUAGCUCAAUUCAUCUCAGCUGCAGCCGUGAUAGCUUCGAGCGGAUCUUAUGAAAUCCAGGCAUGGAAAACAUACUUGAUCUUCUUGGCCAUAUUGACCUUCACUACUGGUGCUAAUGUCUGGGGCAACAGAAUCCUUGGACGGUGGAAUGACGCAGCUUUGUAUUGGUCCCUUCUCGCCGUAGUGAUUAUUAGUAUCGUCAUCCUAGCCACCUCACCCAAGACAGAUGCGAGCUAUGUCUUCGCCAAAUUCGAGAAUGAGACUGGUUGGUCUGACGGGAUGGCUUGGAUUUUGGGUCUACUACAAUCAGCCCUGAGUCUUAUUGGAUUCGAUGCAGCUCUGCAUAUGACGGAGGAGAUGCCUCGACCAGCUGAAGAUGCGCCUCGCGCAAUCCUGUAUGCCGUUGCUGUGGGAGGAGUUACUGGAACAAUAUUUCUGAUUGUAAUUCUAUUCUGCAUGGUCGACCCAGAAACGAUCCUUACAACGCCAACGAACAUGCCAAUCUCAGAACUCAUCCUCCAAGCCACCGGCAGCCGCGCUGCAGCCACAAUCCUGACACUCAUGCUAGCUAUAUGCUUUAUAAAUGGAACAUUCGGCUGCAUCACAAGCGCCAGUCGACUUACAUAUGCCAUGGCUCGAGACGAUGGCAUCAUCUUCCCGCGCUUCUUCGCCCGCAUAUCGCCAAAGCUAGACGUUCCUGUACACACUAUCGGACUCUGUUUCAUAUUCAACGUCCUGUUCGGAUUGUUAUAUAUGGGUCCCAGUGUGGCCUUCAGCGCAUACUCUGCAUCCUGCACUAUCUUCUUGAACGUCUCCUAUGCGAUUCCGGUCAUUGUACUAAUUUUCAGGGGCCGGGAUGUGCUCAUUCCGUACCAAACAGAAUCGACUUUUUUCAAGCUCGGGAAAAGAAGUGGUCUCGCUAUAAAUUGUGUUGCCGCUUCGUUUGUAGUCGUCACUUCCGUUUUCUUUUGUUUUCCGACGUCAUUGCCGGUCUCAGGCUCCGUUAUGAACUACGUAUCUGUUGUUAUUGGGAUUUUUCUGGUUCUAAUCACCUCAUACUGGUUCGUCUAUGGCAAGCGAUUCCAGGGACCGAAAUUCGAUGUUAUUAUGGGCCAUCAACCUGGUUAUACGGAUGAAAAGACUGCAGUCGAUGGGAAGUAA